AGCGCGCUGUCUUAGUCACACACACACACACUCUCUCUCUCUCUCUCUCUCUCUCUCUCUCUGUGUCUCUGUUGGAGUGUUUAUUUUCCAGUAAGAAAAAGAAGAAAUUAACUCUGAAACCGUGAAAACCCAAAAAGACAACAGGAAGACCCAAAAAGCGGGGGAGCUUUCCAUCUUCCCAUCUCAAUAAUCACUAAAAAAGCGACUCAUUUGCAGAACUGGGUUUUGAAGAUCCCCCAAGCAAAUAUUGGUUAUCUGAGUUUCUGGAUCUUCAUUAGCAAGAUGACUGUCAAUGGCAUUGCCAACACAUAUGAAGAAGUUCGUAAGAAACGCCUUGAACAAAAUAAAAAGAUAUUUGAGGAUCUGGGAAUUUCAAAGAUUUCAAAAAGUCUGACUGACCUCACAAAGUCUGAGAAUAACUCCCAGCAAAAGCUUUCAAAAUUCAAAUCCAAGAGCACUUGCAUAUCGGAACCAAGACGCUCUUCCCGUGUGCGCAACCCUGUUCAGUCAUAUUGUGAUGAUGCUAAUGUGGAUCUUCCACCUUUACGGAAAAGGUCAAGGUCAAGGUCGUCAUCCUGGACAAGCUAUGCAGUGAGGCCAUUGGAUGAAGUCAAAUUAGCUUCCUAUGAAGAAAGAGUUGCUGCACUUAAAGCUGCAGAAGAGCUUCAAAGCAAUCUACAAUCUGAAAAUCCGUGCUUCGUAAAAUCGAUGGUUAGGUCUCAUGUUUAUAGUUGCUUCUGGUUGGGCCUUCCCACUAAAUUUUGUGAGGAGCAUCUUUCAUCAUCAGUGGUGGAUAUGACAUUGGAGGAUGAAAGUGGUCAAGAAUUUGAGGCUAUCUACAUUGGCAAAAGAACUGGGCUUAGUGGUGGUUGGAGAGCAUUUGCACUGGAUCAUAAGUUGGAUGAUGGUGAUGCACUUGUGUUUGAGUUGAUUGAGCCCACAAGAUUUAAGGUCUACAUAAUCAGAGCAUCCAUGGUUUCAGGUGGAGAAUGUGACACAAAGAUGCAUGACAAAGAAAAUACCACUGAACGUAAAAGGAAAUCAAAGGUGGACAUGAAACUUCGCUCACAAUCAAAUCAGGCAAAGAAGAAGACUACGAAAGCUAGCAUAUCUAAAAAUGACGACUCGAAAAGCCUCCCAGAACUUUCAGCUAAGUGUCCCAUUGGUAAUGAGAUCAAACAGGAGCGAAAUCCAACCGAGAAGAAUGGGUGUGCUUCUCAAAAACUUGAAAAGAAAGGUAGAGGUGAAGUUAAUGAAUCAAAUAUUGUUGGUGACGGGGACAAAGGUCUUACUCGAAAACCCAGGAGAAAACCUGCUUCAAGGUCUUUCAGAAAGAGAGCAUGACAGAACUCUACAUAUCAUCCUCACAUUUUUAACAUAGUUAUGAGAUUUGUCGUCAAUCUAAAGGGCCUAGUUUCUGUUUUCGGUAAUGCGAGUUUACAAAAUGUCUGAACAUUUAACCUAUCUCUGUGAAAGUUCAAUUUCUUUUUUACAAUUUUGGUCAUUAUUCUUUAACCAAAAAAAAAAUUUUGGACAUUAUUCUCCAUCGUUCCUUGGAGAAAAACUUUUUCAGUAAAUUUACCAUAUUCGCAUCCACAUUGAAUGCAGGCGAGGAGACAAAACAUUAACGAGAAUAAAAUGUCAAAAUACAGCUCACGGCAUACAUAAAAAGAUUAAAUGAUCACAAGAGCCACAUCAUUGCUGGCUGGUCUUCGAGAAUGCAUCGGGUUGAGGACCAUAAAAUUCUAUGUUACAAAUUACAGAGUAAGCUAACAAUAGUCUAUGGUUUACUAUUUGUCCAUAGUAAAAGAAAAUUAAGAAUGGAAUGAGAGAGAUGUUUGCACUGUAACUUUAAAAUCUUAAACGAAAUAAAUCCACAAAAAUAUCAUUGCAAAUUGGUAAUCUAUGCCAAUAUUAAGAAAUUGCACAAGUACGAAAUCCUCAAAAGGCAAACUAAAUCCGAUCUGAUACCAAACACAAACUUAGACAACUUCAAAUACAGUAUAACAGCAGUCAAAUCUCAGAUUUAGAAACAAGAAACUCAUUUCUAGAAACAAAUAUUCUAAGCUGCUUCUAGAAAUGCUCUUCCAGGUUGACGGUUGGCCAAAGGACCAUGGCAUCCAAGAA